AUGGAUGCAAAUGCAACUUCAAAGACUCAAACCAAGUCCAUCUCAAAUUUAUUGCUUGAAUUGGAUUUCACGGGCCGUGAACAACGUGUCCUCCCUCCAGUCACUUCAAAACAGUUUGCAGAUCCUGCUCUGCUAUGGACCCCUACAACAACUUUGCAACUACAGGACAGUGAAGAAGUUCAGAAAGAAGGUAUAGAUGAAGGUGUUGAAAAUGAGACAUAG